UCUGCUGAAGAAUGUGAGGCAGACAGGCUCGGAGUUAAGCUACUUAUUCAUCUUCCCAUCCUCUGUCCAUCUAAAUUCUUGCGUUGCGUCAGGAGGAGCAGCAGGAAUCAUACAAGUAAUACAACUAUUAAAAUGCCAAGAUCUUUCCUGGUGAAGAAACACAUGAGUUAUAGGAAGCCAAACUAUGGGCGACUGGAGUCACAGAAAAAAGAAGAAGCUGUAUCAUCUCAAUAUCCCUUUGAAGGCUCGAGGAUUGCUAACAUUUCCCAGCCCGAGUUCCCAACACCAGCCACCUGUGCUGAGGCCCUGGAAGGGUGGGCCAGUAGACCCCUUGUCACCUCAGCUACCCCAGGGGCAGGCGAUGUCAUCAAAAGCAUGCCAGUCAACACACAGCCACAGCACACAGACUCUUCCAGGGCCAACCUGGCAGAUGAUCCACUGCUCACCUUUAAAACAACCAACUAUCCUCUCAGAGACUCCCUGAACAGCCUGACCUCCUUAGACAUCUCCAGAAGCAGGAUCGAUGGCAUAGCCUUCGAGGAGACACGCUGCCUCCCAGCCCCUUUCCUCCUGGGCCCGGAGUGCAGGGGGCUGCUGCCAUGCGUUCAGGAGAAAUUUGAGUGCUUCGACUGCCACAAGGCCUACUAUACCUUCUCGGGACUGGCCAAGCACAGGCAGCUGCAGUGCGAGUGGCAGUGCAACAAGUAUUUCAACUGCAAGUACUGCGACAAGGAAUAUGUGAGCCUGGGGGCACUGAAGAUGCACAUCCGCACCCACACGCUGCCCUGCGUCUGCAAGCUCUGUGGCAAGGCCUUCUCUCGGCCCUGGCUGCUGCAGGGGCACAUCCGCACACACACAGGAGAGAAGCCCUUCUCCUGCCCACACUGCAGCCGGGCUUUUGCGGACCGCUCGAACCUGCGGGCACACCUCCAGACACACUCCGACGUGAAGAAGUACCACUGCAAGAGCUGUGCCAAGACCUUCUCCAGGAUGUCACUGCUGUCCAAACACGAGGAGGCCGGCUGUCCUCCCCUCUCUCCUGAUACCCUACAAGGACUCCCAGGAAGCACCUGAACAAAAGUACUAUAUAGCCACAUAUAGCCAGGAUGUGAGCAAACCAGUUUCCAUUUUAUAUAUUGGGGAUUCAAUGGUUAUUAUUUUUUAUUUUACGUUUGGUAAAACGUUACAAUAAGUCAUGGUAUAAUUGUCCGGGUAUGCGAGUGUGGAGUCUAUCACAAAAUAUGAUUACUUUGGAAUUCAAUAGGAAAUAAUAUUCAACUACAUUACAUGUUUUUGAAUUUCUGAAACCUAUUUCAAAAUGUUACUUUUCUGUUGUUUUUAGUCUUUUGUUCAGUGAUUAUCAGGCAAACAGGGUGGAGAAAUUUAAGACCGUGGAAUACAUAUGAAUGUAAAAAAAGAACUCGCUACAAACCGUAUUCAAGACAUACGCUAAAUGGAAACUCUGGCAACAGUUUCCUUUUAAAGGAAUGGUACAAACUGAUUUUACAGCAUGAAGACAGUUGUGGGGCCUAUGGUCUGUGUUCUGACUGGCAGUAUUACUUAAAAAAAUACAAGUACUGGUGCUAGAAGGAAUGAUUUUG